UAAUUACUGCAAAUGCAUCGAUGAUAUUACUACACGCCGUUUUGGUUACAUAUUUGUUUUCAGUAAUAUCUAAUAUGUGUUAAGACAGUGCAUGAAAAUUACUCCGGGAAACUUAAUAACCACAAGCCAUUAUGGGAAUUGCACAUCAAUACGAACUUGGUUCAAUCAUUAUCAUACCAAAGGCCUGUGAUAAUACGGACGGUGAUUAUGAUACGCGAAAGACUUUUUUAAUAAUUCUCCGAUAUACCAGUUGUUCUAUUUUUAGUUUGUUGCUUACAAGUUAAAAAAAUGGGGCUUGUUGAGUAUUUAUUAAGUGAUUGACUGUGUACUUACCUAACCAAGUGUUGUUUACAGUCACAUUUCGACAGAAAUGACUGCCAAAUCAUUAUGGAAACUGGAAGAAUCUCUUGAUGUUUCUGAGGUUAAUGAAGCUGUGAGUCCCUCGACACCAACAUCACACAUAAGUAUUCCAACUGCAUUGAUCAUGAAUGAAAUUGUUGGUGAGAAAUCAAUAUGGAAAUUAGAUGAAUCCCCUGACGUCACAGAUGAGUCCCCUGACGUCACUGAAGUAAAUGAGGGGGCAAGUCCCUCUACACCAAUAUCACAGAUAGAGAAUGGUAUAGCAAUAUCUCCUGAUGCAGAUGUUCCUGAUGAAAUCGAGAAUGUAGGCCUUGGAAAUAUACGUGGUAAUUUAUGUAUCCCAGACAGAACAGGUCUUAUUUUGACUUCCAAUGGUAGAUAUGCAGUCAAAAGGAAACUGAAUGUCAAAUCUAUUGAGACAAAGUAUGAAGCUAUACUUGCUGUUGAACGUGGGAAUAGGAGAAAAUCUGAUAUUGCAAAGGAUUUUGGCAUACCAUCAAAUACCCUGUCAUCGUGGCUGAAAUGUGCUGACAAAAUUAAAAAUGCUUUCUUAAAUAGUACCUAUGGCCCAGAGAGGAAGAAAAUGAGGACAGGACAUUUUGAAUAUAUUGAACAAGCUCUUUAUAAAUGGUAUGAUGAAGCCAGACGACAAAACUUGCCAAUUUCUGGUACAAUUCUAAAGAAUAUAGCAGGAGAAAUUGCAAGUAAUAUGGGAGAAACAAACUUCAAAUGUUCAACAGGAUGGUUGGACAGAUUCAAAGGAAGAUAUGCAAUAAGUUUCAAAAAUGACAAAGGCAAAUACUAUCCAACAUUGUGUUCCCAGUCACACCCAAAUGACAUCUACAAUGCCACUGAAACUGGAUUGUUGUACUGCAUUCUCCCAAAUAAAGAGAAUAUCAGCACUUUGAAUUUUCCAAAGGCGCAAAAUGAUGAUGAAAGACUAACACUGAUGGUCGGUACAAAUAUGACUGGUACGGAUAAGUUACCUCUACUUGUGAUCGGUAAAGAAGAAAAUCCUUUCAAUUCGGGAAACCAUGUACAACUUGCAUCAAAUUUCAAAUAUGUUUCAAAUAAAAAUGUGUUCAUGACAUCUGAUAUUUUCACAGAUUGGAUUUUGGAUUUAGAUAUGAGAUUUCGUGAAAAGAACAGAAGAGUUACUUUGAUAUUGGACAGGAAUGCUGUUCAUCCAGCGAUAGAAGGACUGAAAGCAAUAUCACUUGUGUUUGUUCCUGCAUCUGAUCGGAAACUGCAGCCAUUAAACCAAGGCAUUCUACAUAGCCUCAAAGUACAGUACAGAAAAAGCCUCAUCACAAGGCAAGAACAGAUUUCAGACACAGACUUAAAAAUCAGCAUUAAAGAUGCUAUAUUGCUCUUGGAUGAAGCUUGGAACAGUGUUGGGCCAGCAAAAAUUUUUAACUCCUUUAAGCUGUCGGGAAUCAAAUCAGUGGAUGUUGAUGAAGGCGAUACAAUGCCUACAACUGAUGAAGAGGAUGAGGAUCGAAGCGUGCAUUCACAAAAAUAUAAUUUCCAGCGAAUCUUGGAUGAAUAUGCUCGCGUUGACGAAAACAUAUCUACUUGUCAACCUCAGACCUGUAGACCAAUAGAUGAUUCUGGAGUCACAAGUGAUGCAUCAGAUAAGUGCUAUGCCAACAUGUUUCUUGUGACAAGAAAUGCUGAUACAUCUCGUAAAGUGUUUGACGGCAGACAGGCAGAUGUAGGUGAGCAUUCAUUUGGUGGUCACUUGUCCCAACUACCAGUGACAGACAUUUCUGAAGACAAUGUGAUGACUAUGCGAAAUCAAAAUUAUGGAGAUACUGACCAUGGCACAGACACCAGUCAUACGCAAAGGUCACAGAGUGCAUCUGCAGGCAACCAUUCCAUUCCUUCCACUAUGGAUGCUAUGCAAGCAUGUGUUACUCUUCGAGCCUACCUAGAGGCACAGAAUAAUACAAAUGAUCUUUUGGAAACGUUGGCAAAGAUAUCAGAUCGUGUGAUGAAAGAAGCUCUUGUUGAACACCAGUCACAGCUAAACACUGGUGCUGAAAGGACUAGUAGGACCCAUACAUCUAACAGUGACCUUGAACAGUUUCAUGUUAAACAUGAAAAUAUCAACUUUUAAAAGAGAUCGGAAAUUUAAAUGUAGACUUUGAUUAAAGUUAUAGAGAAACUGUCAGUUGAACAUGAGAUUAUUUGAUAUGAUGUUUCAGUAAAUAGUUGUACCAUUGUUCCAGCAAGAGAUUCAAUGUACUGUUGUAUUUAUAUAACAUAUUCAUACUGUAAUGAGUCAAGGGAACCCAACUCAUUACUUCUGCGAGUCAGAAAAUAAAAUUUAUAAGACAUUAAAUUUACUAUAGCAAGAGUAAGCUUAUAUGUAAUUUUUUUGUCCAUCAUGCACCAUCAAUCAUCGUACACCAUCAAUCAUCAUGCACCAUCAAUCAUCGUGCACCAUGCAUGAACUUUUUACAUUUUAAACUUCUUCCCAAGUUCUGUCAGUUGGAUUGAGAUGAAACGUACCUGAAAUGAUGCGCAGCUAGUCUAACAAGAUGUUAUUUUUUGGGGUCAGUCCAAAAUCCAAUAUGGCUGCCAUCUUGAAAAAAUUUUUAAAAUAACUUCUCAAGUUCCGCUGGUGCCAUUGUGCUAAAACUCGGUGAGAAUGAUACAGAAGGUAAGUCAACAAAGUGUUGUUUUUUAUUUAAGGCCUUGUCAAAUAUUUAAUAUGUCAACCAUAGUGGCCAUUUUGUAAUAUGCUUGCACAUUUGUGGUUUCCUUGAACAAUACAUAUUUUAAACUUCUUCUUAAGUUCUAUCAGUGGAAUGGAAAUGAAAUUGUCCCGAGAUGAUCCUGAUCAAGUGUUGUUCUUUUUUGCGGUUCAAUCCAAAUCCAGUUUGACUGCCAUCUUGAAAAAACACAUUAGGAUUCUCGAGUUUGGUGUCAUUGAGUUGAUAUUCUGUGGAAAUGUUAAGAAACUGAAAUGAAGGGUGUUCUUCACCUUUACUACUAAGAUAUCUGUAACUGUUUGAAUUAUAUAAUGAAUGUUCCUACUGUUAUAUAUAGGUCUAGUCAGUGGACUGUCAAGGCCCACAAACCUAUUGUUAUAAUUGUCAUAUUAAUACAGAAGUUGAUAAAGUUUGUUUGUCAGUGGAGUUGGUCACCGCGGAAACAGGGUCACUCUGAAUAACAUACAGGAGACUGGCCACAUGCCAUGCAUAAGAACAUGACCUUGACCGACUGAUUCAUUUCUCAGCUUCUUGAGCAAUACAAAGCACUCUAGUUAGGGAGUGUAACAGAGCAAUACAAAGCACUCUAGGUAGGGAGUGUAACAGAGCAAUACAAAGCACUCUAGUUAGGGAGUGCAGCAGACCAGUACAAAGCACUCUAGGUAGGGAGUGCAGCAGACCGGUACAAAGCACUCUAGGUAGGGAGUGUAGCAGACCGGUACAAAGCACUCUAGGUAGGGAGUGUAGCAGACCGGCACAAAGCACUCUAGGUAGGGAGUGUAGCAGACCGGCACAAAGCACUCUAGGUAGGGAGUGUAGCAGACCGGUACAAAGCACUCUAGGUAGGGAGUGUAGCAGACCAGUACAAAGCACUCUAGGUAGGGAGUGCAGCAGAGCAAUACAAAGCACUCUAGGUAGGGAGUGCAGCAGACCAGUACAAAGCACUCUAGGUAGGGAGUGUAGCAGACCAGUACAAAGCACUCUAGGUAGGGAGUGCAGCAGAGCAAUACAAAGCACUCUAGGUAGGGAGUGCAGCAGACCAGUACAAAGCACUCUAGGUAGUGAGUGUAGAAGUUUAUAUUAGUUUGAGCUUCAAAUUCUUCUGCUGCAAAGUAAGAUUACCUGUAAAUCAUUAUAAAAAUGAUAAAACUCCAGAUUUUCCAGACUCUUAGUGUUUGUAUUCAACAUUGUUAUAGCUUUAUAGUACUAGUGAUCACUGACAAACAAGCUAGCCUAAACUGUACGACACAAACUCACAAUACAAACACUAGGUAUGACAUUAGAUACUUUAAGUGUAACAUAACAGAAAUCCAAUUAGGAGUUUAUCUUCCACUAUUGUUUAUUACUUCAGAUUGACGAAGAAAAUUAAUGAAUUGGUCUUAACAUGUAAAUAGUAACGGCUAUCAGCCGAGUGUCAGUAUACAUAUAGACUGAUAAUGAAGAUGUACAUGCAUGUUUGUUUAUUUUUUACAGUAUCUACCUGGCAAUAAGCCCACUAAUAUUACUGUACUGUAAAAUUAUACACUAAUACAACUUCAUUGUUUUAUAUAAAUCAGCCUAUCACUGACUUUCAGUUGUCCUGGGCCUUGGUAAAUACAUAAUAUGAUUCAGUUCUUGGAAACCACCCAGCAAUCAUAACCUUUUAGUCAAUAUUAAAAGAGUUGAUCUCUGAUCUCCAUAUACAUGUAUGUAUAUAAUGUAGAUGGAUAUUUAAAGUAAUAUUUUGUAUUUGUAAUUAUAUACCAAAAUGAUGAACAGAUGUUACAGUUCUUUGUGAAUUUUGAAACGCAUGUAUACAUGUUGUAAAUGGCAAACAUGGGACAUUAAAUUGGGUACAGUACAAUUAUGUAGAUUCAUGUACAAUAAUUUCUGGAUUUGAUUCUGAAUUUGUUGACAAAUUUUUCAGUACAGGUGUAUUAGUCAGAGUAACAUUUUAGUAACUCUAGUCUUGUACAACACAAUUAACUAAGAAUGUAAUAACCUGUAUAACUUUUAUUUGAUUUAAUUGAUAGGAUGCUUUUACCUAAAAAAGGGUUUAUGCAAAAAAAAACAUUAUUAAUAGAGUACCAGAAUUAUACAUUUAUAAUACUCAUAGUCUCAGAAGUAAUCAAAAUUUUUUAAAAUAUCUGUUGUUGUAUUGGCUUUGGUAAAUUACUUUGACGUGACUGCGACAUCAUUCAGACUCUAUACUAGUUGUUUAUACAGUUUGUCGUGGUAGAUAUCCCAUCAUACAUCUGUUAACAUAAAUUGGAUGUUUUCUAUUUAUUGUAGGCAUGUUUAUUGUCUUGAUAUAUUCAUGUAGACAGAAAAUGUUGUACCUUUUGACUAUAUUGAUCUCAAUCUGACGUAAUUGACAAUUUGUCCGUUCAUAGUUAAGAUUACCGUAAAACUUUUAUAUUCUUUAAUGUAAUAGAAGAAAGGUGGAUAUUUGUUCCUCCUGACCUUCACCUUUGAUAUUAACUAACCAAUAUUGGCCAUCAGUAAUUUGAACAUUUAAAUGUUAUCAGUAUUUCUCACCCUCCAUAUGCAGUUUUACAUUGAUCUUUCUCAACUUUCAUAUGUAGAGGCAUUUUUGACUCCAGCUGUACAUGUUCAUUCUUAGAGGAACCAGAUUAAUACCUACAUAAAUUUAAAUUAAAUUCUGAUUAACCACAUGUACCCAAUUGAAUUUUUGCAUAAACAAACAUAUAGGCUGUUUCAGGUAGUUAUUCAUCUUAAACUUGAACAGUUUAAGUUUGUUUUUACAAUUUCUCAGAAAGUUCGUUUUCCCACUCGGACCAUUGUUACAGUAAAGUGGCCUUCUUGGAUGUAACUGUUGAAGUUUUUUACUCUUUCUUUUCAAUCUCAUGUUUCAUAUACAUUUGUUUUUGAUAUUCUACAUGCAAGACCUGUUUUAAAAUUUGGACAAAAAAUAAAAGAACUGAUGGGGCUGUUGGUUAUGUUUUAAGUUUGGUUUUGCUCUUUGCCAGGAAGUUAUGCUUGAUAUUUUCUCAAAUUUCAUAAGUAUAUUUCCCUUGUGUGUGGCCAAAAUGUGACUUGGGAUUUUGACAGCAGGGCCUCAUUUUUCCUUUGAUAGUACUGCAUCAGUCCUAUUGAAUUUCAUACAAUGUUUCACUUUGACCCUUGUUGUGUACCGGUAUAUUAAAUUUUGAUAUUAAUUCAGUUAAGACUGAUAGGUGGUUUGCUUUGAACAAUUUGAUUUUUUAUUAUUUCUAAGAAAGCAUUACAGGUUUUUCUGAUCUCAAUCUUCCUACAUGGAUUCAGGUAACUCCCAGAUACUUGUGCAUGUUUUGUGUGAAAGUUAUCAGACAAAGGAAUAUGUAGCUAUCUUGUAUUUGAAGUUGAAUUCUGGAGGUGGGGGAGGGGGGUGUGUAACAAAUCUAAGAAGAUCUUGUAAAAAUUCUGCAAUGUUGAGCACUGUAACCAUUCAAGGAUCUCAUUUACCAUAUAUUGUUUGAAAUAUAAUUGAGAUAUUGUAUGUAUGUUUAGAUUAUUGAACAACAAAUGUACAUUCUCUCAUAUUAUUGUACCUUGUAUGUAAUUGUGUCCAUAUAUAAUUUGUACAAAAUUUGAUGAUUUGUAAAAGGAGUUAGAAAUGCAGUUGAAAGUACAUUUUCACUGAUUGAUUAAAUUCAUUGUUCAAUUAA